GGGCGGUGCCCUAGACCGGAAAUGCGACGACGUAAUCGAAGUAACCAAAACAGGCCCAAGUUUUUGGUCCUUGUCAUAAAAGGGUCGUUUGUCAGUGUCUCGGGUACGGCAGAGAUUUGACUCCCCGUGUUUUCGCAUGGCAACACAAGCCUGGCAGCUGGAGUCAUCCCUGCGCCGCUCCGCCAGACUAGGCCUGGAAGUACUGGAGCGAGCGUCGAGACGGAGCGUAGACUGGACGAGUCCGUCUCCCAAUACAACAACAACGGAUGGCAACGCCGGGAGUGAGGUUCUGGGAAACUCAGCCCACACAAGCCUGGAUGAUGCUUUUGAGACCAUAGCGGAAUUAAUGGCUCAGACAACAUAUCAAUGCAAGAACUUUUACACGGAGAAUGAGCCUAUGGAAAAGGAGAGAACCCAUGUGUGCAGAUACCAUUCUCAAUCUCACCAAUGCCCAGGGACCUCAUUGCAGAUCAGGAAACAUGCACGGUCAUCACCUGAGGAUUUCCACAUUGAGGUGUCACCAGGUACCUAUGCGAUUACCGCGGGAACGCAGGACUCGCAGCAACAGACCCGGCUAGUACGCAUUAAUGCAGGAGAGAGUAUGAACCUCACUUUUCACCUCUAACCCUUAACCAAUCCCCUUUGACCGUUCUGCUACAAAUAACAAAACUGUCCAAUCGGAACGUUUACAUAUGUAUUUUCAAGUGAGUUUUGUCUUCUGGAUGAAUUUGUCACUUUAGAGCGACAGUAAUACAUUUAUUAAUUUGCUGCUAAAUGAGAAGUCAUAUUUUGAUCUGAUCAGGAUUACAUUUUUUAUAUUGAAUGAUUUAUUGUCAAAUGUCUGCCUAAAUGCAUCACGUAAUUAUGUAUUUUUUUUACCAUAUCAGUAUAAUAAAGUAUAUUUUAUAUCAAAGGUAA